AAGCUCACUAACGAAGGUCAUCUAUGUCAAUCUGACCCGACUACAACCCGUCCACAACCAAGUGUAAUGACUAGCAAACGUAGUUAUAUCAAAAGGAAUUUAAUGUUUGUGUUAAUAAAUAAUUAAUCAAAAUGGAAAGGAUUCUUCGAGGCAUCAUGAGAUAUCGUGUGUUGGACCGAUCGAGCAUGGUGAAACAGUUUCAACAAGUCAAAGACAAUCCAGUGCCUAAAGCAGUAUUCUACACGUGCAUGGACAGUCGAAUGAUUCCUACUAGAUUUACGGAAACCAGUGUAGGCGACAUGUUUGUUGUAAGAAACGCCGGUAAUCUGAUCCCUCACUCUCAGCACUUUGUAGACGAGAUGACAAGCUGUGAACCAGCUGCGUUGGAACUUGGCUGCAUCAUUAACGAUAUAAGGCACAUUAUUGUGUGCGGUCAUAGUGACUGUAAAGCUAUGAAUCUCUUAUACAAGUUAAAAAGCAAAGAAGAAUCAAGCACGGAACAAAGGAGAAUGUCUCCCUUACGAUCUUGGUUGUGUAAUCAUGGACAAACAAGCUUGGACAAAUUCAUCGCGAUGGACGGCGAUUUCUCAAAACCGAUGUUGUUUACAGCUGAAACACCACAAACUAAAUUUGUGGCAUAUAUCGACCCUGAAAACAAAUUUAGUACAGAAGACAAAUUAUCUCAGGUUAAUACAUUACAACAACUUCAAAAUAUUGCAUCGUAUGGUAUGUUGAAGUCAAGACUGCAGAAACAUGACUUGCAUAUUCACGCACUUUGGUUUGACAUCUUUACCGGGGACAUAUACUACUUCAGCAGACGAGCCAAAACGUUUGUGGUCAUCGAUGAGUCUACCUAUGAAACAAUAUUAGCUGAAGUAAGAAGAUAUUAUUCGUAAAACAUGUCUACCUAUGAAACAAUAUUAGCAAACAAAAGAUAGAGAAUCCGUGUCGAGCCGGAGAGGACUCUCUUUAUGUCGGCUGUACACUCGUCAAGACAUCCCGAGACAGGCCAAGAGCGAGUGUGUACAAACUACAGACUGCUCUCUCGUCUUGUCUCGGUCUUCCUUGUCUCGUCUCGCUGUUCCCCGAUUGCGGUCAGUUUUUUUUGUACGCGCUCAUUGUCAAAGCUUAGCAAAAAUAAAAAAACGACGUUGAAAAAUAAGAAGACGUUGUUCAGUAAAAUGUUCCAUCUACGAUAUUUAAGGUACUUUCCCUUGAUGCCCCACAAUCUUGGGACGCCCUGUAUAUCGUUAAUUGAGUCGCUUAACUUCAAACUCGGGUAAAUCCACCUGUCAGAUUAUGCGAUUUUGGUAUUAAGAAAACGUAAUAGGGUAGAUAUUUGCUGAUGAGAGGGUCCAAUGGAUUUACCCGAGUUUAAAGUUAAGCGACACAAUUAUCGUUAUUAGAGUUAGACCAAUAUAUUAAGUCAGCGUCAUUUUAAAAGUCAAACUUCUAUAAAAUUAUGACGUAUAAAUAUAUAACACUUGCAUAGCGUGUACUAUCAAAAUCGUUGACAGAGACUUCUCUUGGUCUAUCCCUUAUAACCUCGCGCUAUUUUGUGUAACCAUUAUCUUAUUUAGUUAAUUUACUUUUGUAAAAUAAGCGAUUACAUAUUAAGGUUUGGUAACCAGUGGUUACUAAUGGUGAUUAGUUUUAUUUGUUAUAAGAAAUAUUUUGUUAAGGCCCCAGUACACAGUGGUGAAGGAUGGGCCAUGCCACACCCAGGCCAUUGUAUACAGGGGGCUAUGGUAUGCAAUGGCGGACGACUGCCGUCAGUUGUCAGCCGUGGUGAGCUAUCGGGGAGUUGUAGGUUUUUUGGCACACUUCAAAGGAAUCGUGGCGUACCGUGGCCUGUGGUGUUCACACAGUCGCCAUUGUUUGUUUAGUUUCUUGAAUUGUUGACCGCUUGAUUAAAUGUUAAUAGCCCAAAAUGUCAUUAUUGUGGAGCAAUGAAGAGACUUAUCAGUUUAUUAUAGAUUUAUAUCAAUCAGAGCCUGCAAUUUCGAUUUUUUUUUUUGUUUUUUUUUGAUGCACCAUUGUGUGAACACCUACGUGAUAUAGGCCUACUGUUGCGCAUUGCAAAGCCUGGCUUGACAUGGACCAUCCUUGACCACUGUGUACAGGAGCCUUAAAGGCGUUUUUAUCUUUUUAUGUGUUACAUUAUAUAUACCUACUACAGUUAGACCAAGAAAAGUCUGCAAUGAUUUGGAUGGGCCAAGCCUACGCAGUGCAAGUGUUAUUUAUAAGUCAGAAUUUCAUAGAAGUUAGACCAUACUUAGACGUUAUAAUAACACUUGCACUACGUGGACCAUCUAAAUCUCUGCAGUGUACUUGAAGAAUUGGUUUUACUCUGCCUACCUACUCUACGAGUUAGACCAAGAACUCUACAGCGAUUUCGAUAGCACACGCAAUUGACGCAAUGCAAGUGUUAUUUUAAACGUCAAUCUUCUAUGAAAUUGUGACGUAUAAAUAACACUUGCACUGUGUGUGCUAUCAAAAUCGCUGCAGACUUUUCUUGGUCUGACUCUAGCUUAGCGGCGUUAUUGCUAGUCCUGGGCUAAUAAAUUGUUCUAUAUUUUUAAUUUAGAGAUAAGUAUAAACCUAUUGUUAAGACAAUAUUAUUAUAAAAAUCUAAGGCUUUACGAUGCUAUUGGUGGGACCACAAUUAUAAGUCAUAAAAUAUUAGUUUGGCAAUGGCAAACCAAAUUUAUCAGUAGAAAUUCUUCAAAUUUUAAAAAGGUAAGUACGCGCGAGGCUUUGAAUUCCCAUACAUAGAUAAUUUAAAUAUCUAAAUAAUUUCUAUAUAAUUUCGUCUUUUUCUACCGACAAAUUGGUUUGAUAGACUUAAUGUUUGUAACAGUGCGGACAAUGAAGAUGGAGUAGGGCAUGCAGUACCGGUCCCGGUACCAAGAAUUUCAUUUCCCGGUUCUGGGCAUGGCCGGAACCGGGAUUCCCGGUUCUUCCCGGUUCUCAAGGCAUCUUUUGAUUACUUUUAAGAAAUUGUUUCUGUUAGCGUACAAUCUUUAUGAAUGACUUAUUUUCAUAUAAAUAAUUGCAUAAGAAUUAAUAAAUGACUUAUUUUAUUAUAAACAAACACUUAAUUGGCGUUCCAACCUAUUUUACGAAAUUAACCGGCACACAUAGGCUCCGCCUGGGCCGAGCCACACGGCCGUAGCGUAGUCGAUGCACUCAACACUAUAUGACGGCACGGCCUGCCUUCACGAAUGCCUACUUUACUAGGUUAAUUUAUCGGGUUAUUUGGGUCCCCCGUUUAUAGCACCAUUAUUAAAUGUUAUAUAAUGUCCCAAGCUAAAGUACUAAUACAUUACUACUAUUGAAAUGGGAAUAAAUAGUCAUAUGAUGAGAACCGGGAAGUACCGGUACCGGGUCUUCAGUAUUUUGAUACCAUAAAAUUCCCGGGAAUUCCCGGGAAUAUGAGAACCGGGAAUUCCCGGGAGCAUGCCCUAAGAUGGAGGUCUUGGGUUCGAGACCCGUUAAGGACUUUUUCAUCACACUCGCUCAGUAAAUGUGGAAUUACACGCAAGUUUAGCGGGAGUUAUAGCGUUUUCCCUAGUGAGUUAUGAAGUUUCUAGUGCCAUAAUUAACAGUUAUUUGUCUUUAUACUUAAUUUUUAUAUCGCAAGUGUGAUGAAAAACAUUGUGUGUAACUCGGGGCGUAAUAAUAUUGCAAACUCUAAUCUAUAAAUCGCUUCGGCAAGCCGUCACGUUUUAACUUACUCUCGUUUGCAAUAUUUAACUUACGCCCCAUGUUGCACAAUGUACUAUAAUUCGUGUGUUUAAUCACAAAUAUUAUUUAUUCAAUAGUUAUGGAUGUUUUCUAUGAACCUUUGUAAGUUUGUAUGUAUUUAUGUAUUUAAAGAGGUAUGUAUUAGAGAUGCCCCGAAUAGUGGUUUUGGCCGAAUGCCGAAUACUCGCCCCUAUCUAGGCCGAAGCCCCGAAUAUUCAGUGACGUAGAUUCUGUUCGGAAAGAGAGGAGUCGUGGUCCACGACUCGUAGACUGUAUGGGAACCAAUCAAUACAUUUCACGACUCUUCUCUUUGCGCACAGAGUCUAGUAGAGUCAAUCAAAUCAGACCAAUGAUAAAAAUAAUUAUAAUACUUUGUAAUCAAAAAAAGGCUCGUGGCAUAAGUGCCAACAACUUAAGGGUCAACAACUUACUAGUACCUAAGUACAGUCAACUGUUCAAAUAUAUGUCCCAUAGUUCUUAAUUUCGCUGACAUUAGAACUAUCAUAGCUCAGCUAUGGGACAUAUUUUUGAGAUGAUUUGUGCACCCAUUAUUUUUACAGUUGACUAAACUACUUAGUUACUAGUUUUUGGUGUUUUUUAUUGUAAUUUUUCUUUUUAGGUUGGUGCAAGUUGCAACAGAUAUUCGGUAUUCGGCCGAAUAUUUGCUAAAGUGGCCGAAUACCGAAUACUUGAAAAGGCAAAGAGAAUUUGAUAUAGAGGAUAGAGGCGGAUUGUCAACAUCAUUUUUCGACAACUGAUUAAAACUUUUAGGACGCCAUUUGAUUUUGAUCCUUGUUCUCACUGAUAUGUGUUAAAUUUGUUUAAUGUCAUCGUAAAGUGUCGCCAUCUACACGAGCAUAGGCCAAAGGCAUGGCGCUAUCUUUUCGAGAGAAAUUCUCUUUGGUUUGGGGUUAGGUUGGGUUGAACCAUGUUUAGUAGGUAGGUAGUUCGUAUUGUCAUCAUAUCGUAAGUUACGAAGCUGAAGAAUUACAAAAUUGUGGAUAAAAUGUUGUUUAGUUUUAAA